AUGAUUAUCUUCAAGGAUCUGAUCAGCGGCGACGAGAUCAUCUCCGACUCCUACGAUCUCAAGCUCGUCGACGGUGUGGUCUACGAAGCCGACUGCAAAAAGAUCUCCAUCGGCGGCGACACCAUCGACAUCGGCGCCAAUGCCUCCGCCGAAGAAGCCGAUGAGGGCACCGAUGAUGCCUCCCGGCAGGUGAUCGAUAUCGUCUACUCUUUCCGCAUGAACGAGACCAGCUUCGACAAGAAGAGCUACCUCGGACAUUUGAAGGGCUACAUGAAGAAGGUCAAGGAGGCGAUGAAGACGAAUGGUGCUAGUGAUGAGGAUGUGGCCGCUUUCGAGAAGGGUGCAGGGGCCAAGGCGAAGGAGAUUGUGGGUAAAUUCAAGGACUAUGAGUUUCUUAUUGGCGAGUCGAUGGACCCGGAUGGGAUGGUUAUUCUGCUCAACUACCGCGAGGACGGUGUCACCCCUUACGUGACGAUCUGGAAGCACGGUCUUAAGGAGGAGAAGGUGUAA